GUCGUCGCCUUCUACGCGCCCUGGUGCGGCCACUGCCAGCACUACGCGCCGUCCUUCCGCCAGUUCGGCGCCGCGCUCGCGGCGAGCGGCGACGCUCUGCGCGCGGGCGCCGUGAGCUGCACGGCCGAGAAGAAGGCGUGCUCCGAGUUCGGCGUGAGGAGCUACCCGACGGUCAAGGCGUUC